UCUAGUAUGAAUCGUAGAGAUGAAAAAUUUCCUGAUAAUGGUUUUGAAGCUUGGGGUGGUUAUAUGCAAGCGAAAAAGGCAAAAUUGGAAGAACAAUUUUCUGCUGGAAUAGGUAAAGAAUGUAAGCAGUCUAAUCUAUUUAAUGGGAUAAGUAUAUAUGUAAAUGGGUUUACAGUACCACCGGCGGACGAAUUAAAAGAAUUAAUGGCUAAACAUGGGGGUGUUUAUCAUGUUUAUCAAAGAAGUGACGAUUUUAUAAUAGCAUCUAACUUACCUGAUACAAAAGUGAAAAAUAUGACAUUAACAAAAGUAGUUAAGGCACAAUGGAUAACAGAUAGUAUUGCAGCUCAACGUGUGUUGGAUUACAGAGACUAUUUACUAUAUCAAAAUUCUAAAUCCCAAGCAAGACUUAAUUUUAAUCAAAUAGCUAAAGUUGAUGUUUUACCAAAGUCAAAGGAAAAAAUUGACCCCUUUCCGAAAAAUAAAAUUUUAGAAAAAAUUGAUAAUAAUGAAAUUAGUAAAUCAAGUAUCUCUUCAGAAAUAUGUAAAAGAAAUGAAGUAAUUAUGAAAACAGCAGCAGAUCCCAACUUCAUUUCAGAGUUUUAUAAUAAUUCCCGGUUGCACCAUAUUUCACAACUCGGAGCAUGUUUCAAACAGUAUGUAAAUGAUCUCAGAGAUAAUAGUAACUUUAAUUUUGUAGUUCGUAGUGAUCUUAGAAACAGCAUACUGUCACUGACCAAUUUGAAUAAUAGAUUAACAAAAUCCAAUUUUCAUAAUGAAAAAAUAAUUAUGCAUAUUGAUAUGGACUGCUUCUUUGUAUCUGUGGGCUUACGGAAAAGACCUGAAUUAAGGGGCAAACCUGUUGCAGUUACUCAUUCAAAAGGUGGACAAAGUCGACCUAAGAGGUCGGGGGUUGAUAGGAUAACUGAAUUCAACUUGUAUAAGCAAAAGCAAGCUAAAAAGAUAAGUAAAGCAUCUGGAAUCCCAGAAGAAGAUAUUGAUAUUGAGACGAGGGUAGACAAUAUUAGUGAAGAAGACAGUCAAUUUGGAUCUAUGAGUGAGAUCGCUUCUUGUUCUUAUGAAGCAAGAGCAAAAGGCAUAUCUAAUGGAAUGUUUAUGGGAGCAGCGUUAAGAUUGUGUCCCGAUUUGAAAACUAUACCUUAUGAUUUUGAGGAAUAUAAAGAAGUGGCAUACACUUUGUAUAACACAGUAGCUCAAUAUACUUUAGAUAUAGAAGCAGUGUCAUGUGAUGAAAUGUAUGUUGAUUGUACUGAGUUGUUAGGUGAUCUCAAUGUAAGUGUAUAUGAUUUUGCAACAGCUUUAAGAGAGGAAAUAAAAAGUAAAACUGGUUGCCCAUGUUCAACUGGCUUUGGCGGAAACCGCUUACAAGCUAGACUUGCUACAAAAAAAGCAAAACCAGAUGGUCAAUUCUUUCUAACAUCUGAUAUUGUUGAGAGCUUUAUGUUCCCUAUUAAUCUGAAAGAUUUACCUGGUGUUGGCAGGCAAACAUCUCAUAAAUUGGAGUCUCUUGGACAUAUGACAUGUGGAUCUCUGCAAAGUGUAUCAUUAAAUUUUCUUCAGAAGCAUUUGGGUAAUAAAACUGGACUACAAUUAUAUGAUCAGUGUCGAGGUCAUGACCCCAAUCCCUUAGUGUAUCACACUGUUAGGAAAUCGGUUUCAGCAGAAGUAAAUUAUGGCAUUCGUUUUGAAAAUAAUGAUCAAUGUGAAGAUUUUUUGAGACAACUAUGCAUUGAGGUUCAAUCUCGAAUGCAACAGUUCAAAGUAAUGGGAAAAUGUAUCACACUCAAACUUAUGAUUAGAGCUCAAAAUGCUCCUGUGGAAACUGCGAAAUUUAUGGGGCAUGGGUUUUGUGAUGUAAUUAAUAAAUCGACUAACUUGCCAACAGCUACUAAUGAUGUUACCACAAUAACAAAAGAGGUUAUAUCUAUAUGCAAAAAACAAAAACUAGAUCCCAAAGAAAUGCGAGGAAUUGGUAUUCAGAUAACAAAAUUAGAAUCUAUUAAUACAAAACCAAUUAUAGGGUCUUUAAAUAAAUUUUUGACAAAUAAAACAUCAGUUAAAAUAGAAAAACCAAAAUUAGAUAUUCGAAAACCCAAAACUGACACAAGAGUACCAACAACACCAAAAAAGCAAAAUAUAACGUCGCCUAAAAAACGAUCGCCCAUAAUAGGUAAAAUAAAAUCGCCCAUAUUGAAGAGAAAAGGUAGACCUCCUAAAAGUACAAAAGUUCAAGCUUCUACCUCUCACAACUUAAUAAAUAGAUUUCUUCAAGGACAACUAAUAUCUGAAGAAGUUAAUGUUAAAAAAGAGAUAAAAAGAGAGGAAGAUGUAGUAAAAGAUAAACACAAAGAGGCGGAAGUAAAACAAGAAGGUUUACUUGGUCUACCUUGGGAUAAAGUAAGGGAAUUGCUAAGAGCAUGGUUUGAUAGUUGUCAAAUGCCUAAACUUUGUGACAUUAAUUUAAUAUCCGCUUAUAUGCGCGAAAUGGUAGUAAAUAAAAAUAUAGAUAAACUUUACAUCUUAGUUAAUUUUAUGAGAAGAAGAAUAAAGGAAAUUAAUGACGAUAUUUGGUUUGAGGUGCAGGAACACGUUAUGGAAGAAGUACAAAAUGCAAUGAUAGCUGUUUAUGGAAAAAAAUUAUGGAUAAAUGAUAAUUAAUAAAUCUUAUAAGAA